AUGGCAUUGAGAUAUCUGCUAAGGAAAUCAUUUCCUUUGUGGGAACCAAAAUUGUUAACGCAGCAGCUAGGCUAUCGGUAUAAAUGUAGCCCAGUAGUUCGUGGCCUUGCUACAUCAGCAGGAGGAGCAGGAGGUCCCCCAGGAGAUGGUGAAGCAGAGGACGAUUUCGAGAUAGAUUUGAUCUCUAUGAGAAGAGCUCCCAAAAGCAAGAAGAGAAAGGAGUUUGUUGAUCCAAACUCCUUCAAGGGGAACAAGCCCUUCAAGUCAAUUAACAUUACAAAAAGCAGCGUCAAGUCGAUCAUCAAUAGCCAUAGCUUAAGGGUUUCGGGUGAGCAAAUCACCGUGAAGCUUGACCCUAGCAACAGACCAUACCUGGCCGAGGCUGCAGCACUAGUCGAUAUCGACUUGAAUGCCCUUGAUAAGUUUGUUGCGAAGUAUAAGUGGCAGUUGGACCAGUUCCAGAAGUUCGUCAGAACAUCCUAUGGCGGGAAAGUCUCUAGUUUUGGUCAAUUAUCAACAGAAGAAUUCAAAAAUUCCAUUCGUAUCUUUGACGAUUUGAACAAAAGAGGCAAAUUCUUUGUUUACAGCGAAGGGUUUCAAGAGAUGAUUCAGUAUCUCCGUAGAUUACUUUUAACCUACAAGGACAUCCCAAUCUAUUUAGAACAAGUCUUGCAGAAAUGGGACUUGGACGUGGAUCAGAAAGUAUUUAGGUUUAUGCCUGAAUUGAAUAGUGUUUCGGAGUUUGUCGACUUUGAAACAUCCACUGGACAAGAGGUUUCUGACUAUAUUAUGAAGGAACUUGGGUACUUGAAUAUCACCAGAGAUACAGUUUUUGAAGCAGAAUCAUUCCCCCAUGGCGAAGAGAUAUGCCCAGAAGAAAUGCUGAUAAUUGUGCAAGCUCACAGAUACAGUAACUUAAGCAAAAUUUUGGAAUCGCUAGGCGAUCGCUCCCCCAUUGGUUUGUUUUAUGCAAUUCAAGGAAGGCUCGGAUAUGAAAAUGGAGAAGUUGAUCUCUCCCAGUCACUGAGCCAAUUUCAUCUGUAUUCGUUGAUAGAUCCACAGGGGUUUCAAAAGUCUAUAUUGAAAGACAGUGAAAACUUGGACUUCUUCUUAAGUGAGAUUUAUAACAAAGGCUACUUGAAAUUAUUUGAAAUUGUGUAUCAACAAGCUUGUUGCGGCAUUUUGAAUAACAAGAAUUUCAUUCUGCAGAAGCAGUUUUUGAUACAAGAGAAGGGCCAGGGCGGUGCAUUGGCUGUAGUUGAUUUGGUAGGUAGAGGUCCAACCCAGAGUACAAGGGAAGUCGAAUUUUCUAAGUUUCUUGAACAUUUGAAAACUUAUCAAGGCACUAAACCUUAUUAUACCUUUAGAUCCAAUGAACUCUUGGAGAAUAUGUCCAGAUGGACAGGUAAACUCUCUAUUUUUAAUGAUGGCCAAAUUGGCUUUGAAGGGUUUAAGAAAUGGGUAGAAAGAGUAUUGAUAUAUGAAUUGAAAGAUCCUUCUUACUUUGAUGGGUUAAUAUUUAAUGGAAAGUUGGAUGAAAUCUUCAAUAGAAGGAUCGAAGCUGAACCAAAGAGAAAUACUGUAGUAGAAAACCAUACAGAAGACAUCGCAAAGCCCUAUGUCCAAAUUCCGGAUCACAUUAAACUUCACAACUUCGUAAAAGAAUUGACUGAGGUUCAAGAAACCUUAGGCUGCAAAUUUGGUGACAUGAAAAGUGAUGAAAUUAUAGCAGCGUGCCACCAAUUGAAGCCAGUAAGUGAAGAAUUGGACAUGAGAAAAUUGGCAUACAAAUUGAAUGAACUUUUCAGAAUUAAUCAUGGAGAAACAUCUGUACUUGACACAGUUUUAAACAGCCACAGCCAAUUUGAAGCCUUCGAAAAGAAAUUGGCACAGUCUAAAGCAAGUGCAGCUGCGACCAAGACUGAAACCACUAAUGAUAACACUAGUGCUGGUGUCGUUCCUAUAGAGAACCACCAAGAGAGUGAAUAUAGACAGAUUCCUGAUGGAUUUAUAUUGGAAGAAUUCUCUAAUGAAUUAAAAGAGGUCAAAGAAUAUUUAAAAAUCAAAUCUUACAAUGAUGUUGAAUCUGACACCGUUUUAGCGGCAUUGAACGAUUUAUCAAAUGAACAGCUUACAUUUGAUAUCGAGAAGAGGAAUAUUUAUGCUAAGCUCUUUAGAAACCUCAGCUACUUGUUCAAGCAUAACAAUCAACAUACAUUCGUUUUGGAUAAUGUCAUUCAAAAUAAUGAAGUGUUUGAAAAAUUUGAAAGUAGUAAGAUUUCUUCUGAGCCAUUUGAAAACGUUGAAGAAGUUGAAGAUGAACAUCUCUUGACCAAUUAUGGUUCGAUAGCGAAAAUCCAGUCUCUUUUGUUUUGGGAGUGGCCAACAUUGGUGAAAAUUAUUAACUUGAGCAAUUGGGACCUGUUCACCGAGUUAGAGUUCAAGAAAGUAUCAUCUCGUGAUUUCAAAAUUGCGUUGAAUGCCACUUUAGAAAGAAUUCAAGGUAAUGAAGAAGUAAAUAUAGAAGAUUUUAAAAGAAUUAUUAGCCAAUUGCAAGAAUUCAACGAAGAAUUCGCCCAAUUCCCAUAUAUUCUUCAUUUAUUGAUGUCGGAAAGUAAAAUUGAGCCAAAUAUUAGCUUGAAAUUGAUUGAAGAUAUUAUUGAAUUUGCAGAAACUGAGUCCGAAUCUAUUUCAUUGGCAGCUCCAAAUGAUCAUGAUGCUCACAUUCCUACAGCUAAAGAGGCUGCUACAGUUGAGACGGACAGUAUGCCACUUAGAAAUGAAGGUGAGAAGACAAAUAAGUUUGACAUGAGUGAGUUCAGAAAGGACAGACAGCCAGUUUCAGUACCUUCCAAAGAAAGUACUACAGCUAAGUCCAAGUUUUCGUACCACAAAUCGGAUGAAUUACUCUCCUCUUUAACUAAAAAUGAAGAACGUGCUGAUUUCAACCCAGGUAAGUAUGAUUUUCCCAAACUUUCAGAGGAUAUCUUAACUGGUAAGGAACCAUCAUUAGAAAAACUUGAAGGGUAUUUAAAGGAUGCCAAGAAGGAUAAAGAAUUCAAAAAAGAAAUGAAGUUUCGCGAAGCUAAGGCUUACGAAUGGAGUAAGAGUAUGUGUAAUUCCAAUAGAUCAUUGGAGUCGAAGAACUUCUUCAGCCCAUUAUCCUCAUUUGGAGGUACAUCUUCAAGAGGAAGUUCAAGACACUUUAAACCUGAAGCUGAUGUUGAAUCUGGAAGAGAAAACUUAAAGAAUCAGUACCUUUUACUUACUAGGGACGGACAGACUAUUAUUUCAAGAGAAAAUCCAUUGGGUGCAAAUUACAUCGCGGAAGAUAUGUUUGUCACUUUGAAUAAGUUUCCUAAAGAAGAUUUACGUAAAUUAAUCAAAACUGUUAAAAAAUUUCAAAGAAGAAAUUGGAAACUUAUUGGCGGAGGUGGACAAAGAGAAAUCCUUGUCUUCAGACGUAGAAAAUCAGCUAGACAGGCUUGGUUCUACAGAAGGGUGAAAUCCAUGUUUGCUACAGCAGGUGCGGUGUUUAUUGCAUUGGUAGGAAUAAAUUAUUGGUUAGAAGACGACAAAGUUCAGUACGGGCCCCGCCAAGCGAAUGACCCAAGGCCAUACGCUGUAGUCGCCAAAAAGGAGCCUCAACAAGAUUUCGCACCACAAGUAACACCUACUACCCUCUCAAUCGAAGAUAUAAUUGAGAAGGAUUUGAAGGAGAUAAAAAUUCCAGAAGUGGCUACUGUUUCUUCUGGUAGAAAGGAUUCGGGAUGGAAAAAUUGGUUCUGGAAAACCAAAUAA